UUUCCGUGCGAAUCGUAGACAGCCCAUUUGAACCACACACAGGCAACUCGCAGCAACAAGAGAGAGCCAAGACACGAGACACACCACCUUCCACACACACACACACACACACACACAUACAUACACAGCGUCUGCAUCAUGUCUGGGUACGGCAGCUACGGUGGUUCCUCGUCGUACGGCUCUUCGCCUUCCUUUGACAGCGGCCCCAGCAGCUUUGGCGGCGACUCGCAACCACAGCAGCGCGUCUCCCGCGACGAGCUCGAGCAGCAGCUCCAGCAGCAGAUUGCCGUGAGCCAGACACAGGUCCUCAUGCAGCGCAUGUCGGAGACCUGCUUUGCCAAGUGCGUCACCAAGCCAUCCAGCACGCUCUCCUCCUCAGAUAAGAACUGCAUCACGCGGUGUGCGGACCGGUACUUUGAGGCGUUUGCGCAGGUGCAGCGCUCGUACCUCGAGGCCCUCCAGCACCAGUAAUUGCACCCGUGCCAAUAUGCGCAAGGCAAACAUGAGCCCCGUGUGUGUGCUUGCGCAUGUGUAUGCAUGAACACAUGCAAGCACGCGCAAGCUGGUGCAUGUGCUUGUUAUCUGUUGUAGCCUUUGUAGUGAUGUGACAAGGUGGUGUGAAGUUGGGUGCAUGGGAUUGGAGAGAGACACUGUGUGCGUGUGUGAGUGAGAUUGAGGUGCGUAGGUCAGCGAGCCUUUGUCUGUGCGGUGUCUGCAUUGACUGUGACUUGUUGUGAUGAUUCGAGUACAAGACCGACAACAACAACAA